UUCUACAUCACAUUGGAAAACUCGGCUAUGCACAGGAAAUGAGAAAAUCUCUGAUGAUUUCUGCACGCAAUGUCAAUUUGCAAGACAGGUAUAAAGAGACUCCACUUCACAAGCUGUUAGAAGCCAAACAUAAAUUCAGAGAUCACCUUAAUAUUGCAAGACUUCUUUUGGAUGCCGGGGCUGAUGUAAAUAUAAAGAAUGAGACCAAUCAGACGCCACAUGAUCUCUAUAUAAAUAAUAAAUGUCAGAGGUAUGAUUCUACAAAUAAAGAAAAACACAAGGAAGAAGUCUUGCAACUUCUGCAAGACUUUGGAGUUCCAGAGGUAAUUUUAGCCAGAGGCAGUGAGGCUCUGAAGGUUUUUAAUGAGGAAUUACAAGAAGGAAGGAUCACAGUAAACCAUGCACGAUUAAUGGUGACUGGCAAAGAGGGGGUGGGAAAGACUUGUUUGGUAAACACUCUGCUUGAAAGAACAUUUAAUGAAGAAGAACCAUCGACUGAUGGAAUAGUGUUGACCACUGCUUUUCAAACUGCUGAUAUAAGUAGUGUGUGGAAAGAGGCAGAGGACAUGGACGAAUGUGAUCGGAUCAAAGAUAUAUUUGAUAAUGCAUUAGAAAGUAAAGUUGCCGAGAAACUGAAACAAAAAGGAAGACGAGUAGAGGCAGCUGAACCAGUACAGGCAUCAGCAGGAAAGUCAACACCUGUACCUCCACUUGUACACGCCCCUAAAAAAUCAAAUGUCUUUGUACGUGUAUUUCAGCGGUUAACUAAAAAAGAUGGUCGCAGGAAACCAGUUACCUCCUCUACACCUGUAUUGCCAUCUGUGCAUGUUCCAGUUGAGACAAAGGUCAAUGACCCAAGCCAAGCACUGCCAUCAGAAAGGCAAAAAAGAAUAAUUGACAGAAUGAUUGGAAUGGCCUCUGCAUCAACUAGUAAUGAGGACAUGACUUACAUUUGGGACUUUGCUGGCCAGCAGCUCUACUAUAUUACACAUCGAAUAUUCCUAACAAGUGAAGCGGUGUAUUUGAUUUUGUUCAAUUUGAUGGAAGGUAUGCACGACAAGGGGAAGUGUAGAGUCUCUAAAAUGGAAAAACAAGAUGUGAUGACAUAUGAUAUGACAAAUGUACAGAUUAUCAAAUACUGGAUGAGGUUGAUAUUUACUUAUGCUGUCCCUGUUGAGUUACAAACACAGGCUACGCUGCAAGCCAAGAAACCUCAAAUUGUGGUGGUUGGUACUCAUGGCGAGAGCCUACAGGGUACCGCUGAAGACAAGAAAAAGAAGAUUGAAGAACAGUUUGGUAUAAUAUUUGAAGAAAUUGAAGGCACUCCAUAUGAAUGUCACGUGGUGAGGAAAAUGUACGCCAUCGACAACAAGUUUCCAACGCAAAGCGAGAUGCUGACAACACUUAAACAAGAUGUUGGUGGAUUUCUGAAAGCAAUGCCCAAAACCAUCCCACUCAAAUGGCUUGAAUUCCAGCGUAUUUUGCAGGAGAAUGGUAGGACAGCAGUGCGAAUGAGUUAUUCUAAGGUCUGUGAAGUUGCCACUAGCUGCGGAAUUUCUGUGAAGAAUCUGAUCCACACCCUCAACUACCUACAUGAUCUUGGAAUCAUUUUGUACUUUGAGAACAACAAACUACUGAAGGACACAGUGAUAACAAACCCACGGAAGCUGAUUGACAUCUUCAGGAAAAUCAUCACAGUGGUGAAACCUGAUGACAUUGAUAAGUGGGCUUCAUUGAUCAAGCUGUGGAAUAAACUUGAUAAUGAAGGUAUUCUGGAGGAGAAGUUAGUCAGACAUCUUUGGAGAGAUGAGCUAAGCAAAGAUGAAACUAGCUUUAAGGUCUUCUUGGAAUUAAUGAAGCAGUUUGGACUGCUCUGCGAGCAGAUCAAGAAGAAUGAUAAGAGCACACAACUCUCGUUUUUUGUACCCUGUCGAUUGAAACAUAGCAAGAACAGCAUGAUUAUUCAGCCAGACACGGAUCAGAUGGUGUCUAUCUAUAUGGCCUCUGAGGAUUUCCUUCCCGAUAGUAUCUUCCAUCCUCUGGUUGUCAGUUUAAUUGUAAUGGUACAAGACAUGGGCUACACGGCUGAAACAAAAUUGUACAAAAACAUGGCAAGCAUCGGCCUAGGACAUGAUCACAAUCUCAAAUUAGGUCAAGUAGUCAUUGAUAACAAGCCCUCGUUAAAGCUGGAGAUAUCACGCAUGGCUGAGGUGGAUGAGGAUGGUACAGAGACAUCAACAGGUGAACCCAGUCCUCGAGUUUGUAUGCAGAUGUUAGAGUUUCUGGAGCAGGAAUUGAAAGUGUUGACAUCAGGAAUGAAGCACACAAAUUAUAGGUUCCAUGUCCUUUGCUGGAGAAGGUCACAAGAAAUGCACUUCCACAACUUGGAAGAUUGCUUGAAGAGAAAGUCCAUCCGUUGUGGCGAAAAAUUGGUUAAAACAAGCAAACUACAGAGAAUGUUCAGGAAUAUAAAACCAGAGACAGAUUCUUCAGUAGAAGCAGCAAGUCUCAGAGAUGAACGAACAGCGCCACCAGAUGAGACUUUUGGUUAUCUGGAAGAUAAGCACCUGGCUCUUAUCGCCAAAGGCAUGGGACGGGAAUGUAAACAACUGGGUGUCAGACUGGGGCUCAGUUGGAACAGGAUCCAACAAAUAUGGAAUGAUAACAGACGGUUGACAGAGUCCAUAAUGGAUAUGCUUACAGAAUGGAGGAAACAACAGAACUACGAGACAAAUCAAGUUGAAAUAAUGCACAGGGCUUUGAAGGAUCAGGGACUGGCCGAGCUUGCCAACAACAUUUUUGGCUCACAAAAGUCAGACAGUCAGUCAUCCAGUUUAAAAGCAGUUAAAGUACUUACUAGUCGACAGUUACAUCACAGACACCAGAAAUAUGAUGGGUACUUAGCAGACAUUGACAUGCAAUUUAUUGCGAAGGAGCUUGGCAAAGACUGGAAAUCCUUUGGCAGCAUCAUUGGUCUGAAGGAAGCUGAAAUAGAAAGAAUUGAGAUGGACUUUUCACCACCAACUGUAGACGCAAGUCUGGAAAUGCUGGUCAAGUGGCGAGAAAGGCAGAACACUGAAGUAAACCACCUUGGAGAGAUGUGUGAUGCAUUGGAAAAACUUGGAAAGGCAGCUGUUGCUCAAGCACUCUGGGAGUACUACCAGGAAACUUAUAAACUAUAAUGCAAGAACAUUUGUAUGUAUGCGUUGGUGACGAAAUUUUCAAAAGACAGUUACACAGUGAUUAGGCCAGGGGCUAGUUCCUUCCCUCCCUUCAGCGAGAACAGGGCCCCACUACUGCAUUUACAAUUCUCAAUAGAGUUUAAUGCCACAGCAAAUAAUGACACCAGAAGAUGUGAUAUAAUAUAAUUAGGAAGUAAAUGAUGUGAUAUAUUAUACAGUAUAUAUAGGGAAUACAUGAGUUAGUAUUGUACAUUUUGUAAAUAUUGAGAUAUAAUAUAUUAAAUAUAUUACAGUAUAU